AUGACUUGGGACGGUUGUGAUUUUCUUGAAGGCUUGCAAACGACCGUUGGGGAGAUGCUGGGCGCCAACGUUUCCAAAUCAUUGCGCGAAUGCAAUGCCACCAAGAAUUCCAGUUGUGGAUAUGUAUCAGUUGGUUUCCCCAUAACCAUGAUGAUCACUGGCAUGGUGGGCAACUCAUUAGCUCUUAUUCUGGUGUAUAUCUCUUACAGAAAGAAGGAAAAUAAAAGGAAAAAGUCGUUCUUACUUUGCAUUGGAUCGCUGGCGUUGACUGACCUGUUUGGACAGCUUUUGACAAGUCCGAUAGUAAUAUCAGUUUACCGAGCUGAUCUGAAAUGGGAGCGUAUCGACUCAUCAGGCAAUUUGUGCGCCUUUUUUGGCAUGUGCAUGACCACUUUUGGCCUGUGCGCCCUCUUCUUGGCCAGUGCCAUGGCAAUUGAAAGAGCUAUGGCGAUAACAAACCCCCAUUGGUACUCCAAUCACAUGAAGACAAGUGUGACAAAGCAGACUCUGGUUGCUAUAUGGUGCCUUGUGUUGCUCUUUGCGCUGCUGCCCAUUGCAGGGGUCGGGAAAUACACACGUCAGUGGCCGGGUACCUGGUGCUUUAUCAGCACCGGGGACAGAGAAGUCCCGGGCAAUAUGUUUUUCUCCAUCACUUUCGCUGUACUUGGGAUUUUCUCUCUGCUUGUAACAAUUUCCUGCAAUGUGAUGACGAUCCGGGGCUUAAUUAUCCGGUGUAAAACAAAGUCUGGCACUUCUCAGUCAUCAAAGCAGUGGGAACGGCUCACCACGGAGACUGUCAUUCAGCUUUUAGGGAUUAUGUGCGUCCUGGUUAUAUGCUGGUCUCCUCUACUGGUGCUGAUGCUGCGGAUGAUCUCCACCCAAGUAUCCUCCCAUGAAUGCAAUUCACUGGCAGGGUCCUUUAAUCACACCUCUGGCCAAGACGUCCAGUUAGACUGUAAUUUCUUUCUGACAGCCAUCCGUCUUGCCUCUCUCAACCAGAUCUUGGACCCAUGGGUCUAUUUGCUCUUCAGGGAGAUCCUCCUCCGUAAGUUCUGCAUCAUGGCUAAUGCUGUGUCCAACUGCUCCAUAGAGGAACACAAGGAGACCCCAACGGCACUGGAUGCUCUUAAUAAGCCGAACAAAGACAACAACAGCCUUCAUAAACGACAGAGUAGCUAAAUCGACUGAAACAGGAAUUCAGCAUUUUGUGAAUCUAAAGUUGGCACAGAUCGGGAGGAAUGCGAAAAUGGAUACAUUA